AUAAUUCCUUACAUCAAGGCCACGGCCAACGAGGGUGACCCGGCGUCCGUGCUCACCGCCAUGGACACCUUCGGGAGGUAUUACCCCAUGUACAAGCUCGGCGACGAGAAGGGACGCAUACUCGCCGGGUUGGUGAAGGAGCGCCAGCCGAGAAGGUCCGUCGAGAUCGGCACGUUCUUGGGGUACAGCGCCAUAUGGACCGCGUCCAACUUACCACGCGGCGCCACCCUGACGUGCGUCGAGUUCGAGCCCAGGCACGCCGCCGUCGCGAGGGAGCUUGUGCGAUUCGCGGGAUUUGCGAAUACGGUCGAGAUCCUCGAGGGCGCGGGGUCGGAGCGGGUACCGGACGUGAGGAGGCGGGUGGGCGAGGGCGUCGCGGCGGACAUGAUCUUCCUGGACCACUGCAAGGAGUGCUACCUGCCCGACCUCAAGCUGAUGGAGGGCGCCGGUCUCGUCGGAAAAGGGACGAUCGUCGUCGCCGAUAACGUGAUUUAUCCAGGGGCUCCGGACUUUCUGGAUUACGUGGACACGAGCCGCGGUCGGUACGAGACGACGCUGCUGGAGGCUGCGUUCGAGUACGAUCAGGUG